AUGCAAGAAGGAGGAGCGGUGCCGGGCGGGCGCCCCAGCGCUGGGGUUGAGGGAGGCCGAGUUCGGCGCUGGGCUGGGAGGGGGGCGCGGAAUCAGGGCUUUUUAGGACCCAGCGCGGCGCCUCCCUCCGGGGGCGAGUGCGGCUGCGCGCGCCGUGUGCCCGUGUCCGGAGAGCGGCGGGCUGGACGCGGACCGCGCGAGCGAGCAAGCAAGCAGGCAGCCGAGCAGCAGCCGGGGUGGAAGCAGCGUCGCGGCGGCUGCGGCCGCUCAGCGCCUUGCCUCCCUGGCCUCCCCGGCCUUGCGGCGCCCGGACCCGCCACCCCCGCCUACGGGGCCCGACCUCUGCAGCCCCCUUCGCCUUGGCCGGCAGUGCCACCCGUCUGCCCGAAGCAGGGAGCGGAGCGCGGGGCGCAGAGGAACCGAAGCCAGUCCCCGCCGGCCCCGCAAACCAAACCCAGCCGGGAGAACCCCCGCCCGGCCCAGCGCUGCUCCACCAACGGUCCAGGAGCUGUCCCUUCAGCACCGCUGCAGAAGCCUGCGUCCGAGCUCAGCCCAGCGGAGCCCUAG